UCAACGUCUAUUUUAUUUCGCUCAAUGGUUGCAAACGAGAUAGCAAAACGCAUUAGUAGUGAAUCAAUAUCUGUUGAGAUGAAGAGGUCAGAAGAGGAUCGCCUUGGCAUUUUCCAUAUCCAGACACUGGAUGGUGGCAAAUUAAAGACUCCAUCUAAGAAAGGAAUAUUUGGAGAAAACCAAACAAAUAAUGAUGUUAUAGACAUGAAGAUGGUCUCUCUAUCACGAAAUCCUUUUACCUGGGACAAAGGAAACAUUGGAAAAGUGAUUUCGCCGUCGGUUUCCAGCGUAAAGUACAUUGUAAAUGGCAACGACGUUCCAGUGACGAACCUCCCUGCCGGUGAUGAGGUUGUAUUAGAGCUGCCAACACCAAACCUUACCUUGGUAAAUAGAACAAUAAAAGUGAACCCUGGUGAAUUCCAUGUUAUCCGCAUGAAUUUGUCAGCCAUUGGGUUAACAGUGAUGCUGAAAACACGCUGCUAUAAGAAUACCUGUCGAGUUUUUAUACGGUAUGGCGGCAUCCCUUCUCUGUCUACCUACUCUGAUUCGUUUGACCUCAGCAAAAACAGUGGAGACAACGAUUUUAGACGCUAUUCAAGAAUUAACCAUACAACAUUCAAUUUGGGAAUUUUGAACCCAUCCGGAAACUCAUCUAACUCUUUAUCCGACGAGGCUGCAAUCUUUGAGAUGCUGUCGUACACAACAGGAUGCUUCUACUGGAAAGAAGAUGAUGAAGUAUGGAGCUCAGAAGGUUGCAAGCUAUCCAAUGAAACAAACCCCAACAAAACAGUUUGUAUUUGCAAUCAUCUAACAUGGUUUGGUGCAGGCAUCAUGGUGCAGCCGACUUUAAUUGACCCAAAGAAAGAGAUUCUCAAAAUAAAAAAGCUAGAUGAAUACCCAGCGUUACUAGCUGCAGUCUGUCUGAUAUGUGGCUUGUAUCUAAUUGUAAUAGUAUGGGCCAGACAUAGAGACAGAAAGGACGUUCUUAAGACCGCUUUAACAAUCGUUGAAAGCUGCUGUCAAACGCACAAGUAUCGAUACGAUGUGACGAUUUACACUGGAAGUCGGCCUGGUGCUGGAACAUCUUCAUGUGUAUGUAUGAUUCUAGGAGGCAGCAACGGCGAAAGCGACCCAUACUGCCUUUCGAAUCGUUCUGAAGUCUUAUUUCAGCGUGGAAAUGUCGACUCCUUUCUUGUUACCAACGAAGAGGAUUUGGGUAAAAUAAAGUGGAUUCGAAUAUGGCAUGAUAAUACCGGGAAAAGAGCAUCUUGGUUUCUAAGUAGAAUCAUUAUCACUGAUAUUGUCAGAGGAACACAAGCAACAUUUAUAUGCCACACAUGGUUAGGAAUAGGGCUUGAUGAUGGACAAAUUGACAGAAUAUUUCUUGCUGCAGAUGAAGAAGAGUCAAAAAACUUUGCAACGUUAUUUCUAACGAAAACAGCCAGAGGCUUCAGUGAUGAUCACCUUUGGUUUAGCGUUGCCAUGAGGCCAUCAAGAAGCCACUUUACCCGCUGUCAAAGGGUGUCAUGUUGCCUUGCUACACUUCUAUGCACAAUGCUGGCAAAUGCUAUGUUUUAUCAGAGGACUGCUAAAGUCGGUACUGAAAUAACCCUUGGCUCAUUCUCAUUCAGCUGGCACCAAAUUGCCAUUGGUGUUGAGUCAGCUCUAAUUGUCAUCCCAAUCAACCUGUUAAUUGUCAACAUAUUCAGAAAAGCAGCGCCUUCUGUAUGGUAUGCAACUAAAGAAAAGGAGGUUGAAGAGAAAGAGGUUGAAGAAGAUGUAGUACGCGUAGAAGAGGAUGACGUAAAACUAAAUGAGGAAAUAGAAGAUGUAGAGGACAGUGAGCCAGCACAACCUACCAAUGAAGUAAAAUCUGAUUUCCAUAUUCUAGAGAUUCAAGACCCAGCAAACAUGGACUGCAUAAAGUCUCCCCUGCAAGCUCAAAAUGUCUUAAAUUCAGCAGAAACUAACGCCAGUAAGGAGUUGAUCGUUAAAGAACAUGUCCACCUUUCUUCGGAUGCCGUGUCACAUGAUACCAUGAAUAUAAUCUAUUUGCUAAGUGCUCUUGAAAGCAGUUGUCCUAAUUAUAAUCUUUCUGAAGAAUCUGUAGCUAAAGCAACUGAUCCUCAGUACAAUAAUAAAACAAUUCAUAUGCCUGAUACAGAUGUAAAAGAAGUAGUUAACAAAGUAGAAGUAGUUAAGAACAGUAAACAUAACCGGCUUUCACUAAAUUUGAAAUAUCUUGAUACCAUUGGGCAAUGCCGAUCAGUUUCAUCUGAUAAAAGGAAGCUUCGAUGCAGUAAAAGGCAUCUAAGAUCAAAAGGCACUUCUAACGGUAUAACGAUCAACUCAAAAAGUAAGUCUCAAUCACAUUUUAAAGCAAAGAUAAAAAGAAGCUCUUCAAGACAGUUCACUCAGCAAAAACCACUCUCAAGACAUGGGAAACACCGAGCAAAAUCAAAUUCUGUCCUGCAACAAGCCAGAAAAGUUACAACAGAAAGACAAAAUGGACAAAAUGUCAAGUCAAAUGUAGCAAGAUCAAAACCCUUAGCAGAAACAGAAGUGAGCAGGGAAAAUAUUAUAAUUACAAUUGAUUCAAGCAGCUCAUUUGCCGGCAAUACGCUAGAGACUGAUUUGUCAAAUGAUGAAUUAGAUUUAUGUGGUUUUCUGAACGACAAACAGGAUGACAAGCUGGAAAUUGUUUCUGUCAAAAAGGAACAAGUACAUCAUACCAUCUCGAAAAAUAUCUUACGAGAUAUCCUACACAGAAAAAAGUCGGAAGACAUCGAAGCAGAUAAGCCUAAGAAACAAAAUGAUGCUUCACUUCUUCUACCACACUGGUGCCUUUAUUUUGGGUGGUUCAUGUGUUUCCUGACUACGUUUGUUGCUGGUUUCUUCACUCUGCUUUACGGACUCAGUUUUGGCCGUGUUGUCCAAGAGGAAUGGCUUGUUUCUCUCUUCACGUCUAUGUUUCAAGACAUAUUCAUUUCCCAACCCACAAAGGUCAUUGUUCUUGGCUGCAUCUUUGCAUUCAUUCUGAAGAAGCUUUCAGUAGACGAGCAUCUUCCUGAAAUCAAGUUGGCAAAAAACGAGAAGUGGAUCAAAAACAAUCUUCCUCUGCAAGACAAAAGGACAGUUGGUUCAAGAGUGAAAAUACCUCUUCUAACAGAUUCCUAUGUACGCAAGGCCGAAGAGGACAAAUUGAAGCAAGCUACGCUGUCAGAAAUCACUGUAGAGAUUGUCGUGUAUUUCUUUUAUAUAUUUCUUGCCUUGCUGAUAGCAUACGGACACAGGUCUCCGAACGCAUAUAUCAUGGGAAACAAUAUCCAGUCAUUGUUCAUAACAAAAAAGUUUGAUCAGAUCAAGAAUGUGAAUGACUUUUGGAUGUGGAUGGAUAAAUAUUUUUUGCCUUCGGUGUAUGAAGAAAACUGGUACAAUGGCGAAGCGACACGCCUACAUGGAUACCUUGCUGAUCGCGUUACAAUGUUAAUUGGAAGGCCAAGGAUUAGGCAAAUGCGAGCGGUUCAAGGACCUUGUAAGAUAUCCGGUUUUAUCAGCAACGGCGAAAUAACAACAUGUAGAGGCACUUUAAGUGAUUCAAAUGAAGAUAAGGCUGAUUACUUCAAAGGAUGGAAGAAAAACGGGCCAGUACCAGACAGCCUUACUAUUUCAAGUAACAACGAGAACCCAUGGAGAUACUCUCAUUCAGAUUUUCCUGGAAAUUUUCUUAUAUCAAAGAUAAGCUCAUUUCAAACUGGAGGCUACUUGCGGACAUUGGGGAAAACGUCAGCAGAAACUAACUCUACAAUCUUGUAUCUAAAAGAGAAUCUCUGGCUAGAUACAAAAACUCGAGCCUUGUUUGUCGAAUUUACAACAUACAAUAACAAUGAUAAUUUCUACUGUAUUGUCUCACUUGCAAUGGAUUUCAGCCCUACAGGAGGAGUUACACCCUAUCCUUCAGUUAUAACGACAAAACUGGAUCGCUAUAAUACCCAGUUUUCGUUUUUCCUUGCAGCCUGUGAGAUCUCUUUCUUGCUACUAACGCUAUACUACAUGCGACAGGAAUUCAAAGUUUUUCACAGGAAAGGAUUUGCUUAUAUCCGAGAGUAUAGCACGCUUGUAGAACUGCUUUCAUUUUGUAUCACAUGGGCAUCACUUGGACUUUUCAUCAUCCGCCAUGGAGUCGUUAGCUGGACCAAAAUGAUAUACAAAAAAAAUCCUGCUGGUUUCACUGGCUUUCAACAGGCAGCCUAUAUCGAUAUAGCUUAUGGCUAUACGCUGGCGGCAGUUGUAGUCAUUGCAUUUCUAAAGGUCUUGAAGAUUCUUCGCUUCAAUAACAACAUGUUACUUCUUUUAAUGACAUUGAAAAAAGCUAGCAGUGGUAUCAAGAACUAUUUUCUGUUCAUUGGCAUUGCAUUUGCUGCUUUCACGCAGUGGGCCUAUCUGAGCUUCGGACAACAUCUUCCUGAUUAUGCUUCUUUCCUAGAUUCGUUUAUGACGAUACUCAACCUACUUCUUGGAGCACCCCAACUGAAUAAACUGAUGGAAACUGAUAGGAUCUUUGGUCCUGUCUUUUUUAUCUGGUUUGUAUUUCUGAUAUCUUUUGUUCUGAUGAACCUGUUUCUGGCCAUGUUAAUGGACGCAUUUUCUGAUGUGAGAAAAGAACUGAGCAACCAGCAAAACCAAUUUGAUAUACUUGAAUUUCUGCACUCGAAGUUUGCAGACGCUUUUCCCUUUUUAAAGAAGUUAAUCAAAGUUGAUUCUCAACUUAGUGGAAUUGAGCAGUAUUAUGAAAAUCGACUUCAGCAGAGGAAAGGUGAUAAUAUAGCAGACAAUUAUAUUGGAUCCCUCGUGGCGAAGAUUGAUAACUUGGAACAAAUCAUUGAAAAUUUUUGUUCGACUGAAAAUGAGGAGCUGAAAGAAUUCGCACUCUUGGCAUUUGAAAUAAGAAUGAAGAAGAAAUAAACUUCGCAAUAUAAAGUAAUAUACGAUAACAACCCUUAGACGUUUUGAUUUAAGAAUCGUAAUUUCAAUGCAAGACAACAAUUCAUCUUAACCAAUUACUUUCAUAGUUUGGUUUGCAAUUCAAGAAAAGGGUAUUUCUUUAUCAAACUGGUAUCAUUUCACAAUUUAUAAGGCAGAUUUGAGCGUUUUAUAAAAGUUUUAGACCCUAGAUUACUUGCAAAAUUCAUAGAAAUAAGCGUUACUGAUCCUUGGCGUCCUACCAAGUAUGAAGAGUAUGAUUUUUGUGAAAGGACAUGGGCAAAUUCUUUUCACAUCACUACCCAGAGUUUUGGAUUUAGGGUUCUGCUCAAACUUGGUUUCGUUUUUAAAACUUAUUUUGCUUAAACAAAUCUCAAUUGCUUUUCAAAUUCACAUGCUGGUUGUUUUUACUUUGAAACCAGGGAACCUGGGCAUGCUUUUGGCUAUAAACUUAAGGAAAUCUUUAAUGGAAGUGACCUUGUUAAAAAUCAUAGCCGUGUGGAAAUAUGCACGUCUUGCUUUUGCAAUAUUUGACCCUGGCUGUUGUUAAUGAUGAUGUUUAGUCAGUCAGGCUAUUCUUAUUCGCUGUUGUUAAUGCGAGCUUUCAGUAUAUUUACACUCAUUAAUGUUUGAAGAUGGCACGAAAUAGCGGAAAAAUAGCACACGGAAGCACUAUUCAUCGUACACACUUCAGAGUAUAAACUUCAGACAGUAACCGAUAGUUGGCAGAAAUUUACAUCCAGGUCCAGAUCCAAGGUAACAUGAGAGGAAGGAAGACGCAAUUAAUUGGUCUUGUUAAUACUCAUUAACGUUUUCAAACUUGACCUGCAUCCAUCUCUACUGUUAUCAUCAAGGAUAAGGUUAAUAAAUACCAUUCCAAUUUGAAGUACCCAUUGUAUUGUUUGAACUUCAUUGCAUAACCACGCCAAGCCCAAAAAAUAUGAUGUUUUCGCCAAAAUUAUACUUGUGCUAUCUUAUGAUAUUUAUCAGCAAAAGUCGAGAGUCAAUUCCUACUAAGGGUUGAUAAUAUAUUACAUAAUUAAAAUGGUUUUCAAUAAUCUAGCAAACUUGAUGCUUUUUCGGGUGAAAUGGGCGUCUCUCCACAAGACAGAAUUGAUAAAACUGAAUUUAUUACUACGGAUUGAUAAUGGGAAUUCAUCGGUCUCCCUUUUUGGGUCUCUGGGGGGCUUACUACUUUUUAGACGGUGCUCAAUAUUUUUCUAUCCUGGUUGAAAUAUGACAUAUUAAGUUAUAAUUCUAUCAAAAAGUUUACAUCAGCGAUGCGAGCGAUGUUUAAUGAAUAUCACUGUUUCUGCCGCGCAGUUUUAUAGAAAAUAUAGAGAUAGGAUUUUUCAAAAAUUAUCUUUUCUUUUAUGCACCUUUUUACUUUCAAACUCCCUCCUGGCCGAUUAACCACCCCUCCCUCCCAAGAGAAACGGAUUUGGCCAUAGUGCCACUUUUUGACCACUGGCAUAAUGCAAUCAAAAUCUUUUGAGUGCGCGCUACGUAAAGCAUCUAGACACUAAAUACUUAAAAGGGCCUAGAAGUUUCGCUACAACAGCUGUAGAAAGGUGCGGCAAGCGUCCUCAAAUCCAUUUGCAUCGAAGUACCUCCAGCAAACAUUGCCAAUUUUUUCAUUAGAAUUUAUCUGCUAGUCAUUCAACAUGGCUCAAAUGCUCGCUUUUGAUGAAUUUGGAAGGCCAUUCCUCAUUUUAAAUGACCAGGAAAACCAGAAGCGUCUGACUGGCCUAGAU